AUGAUGCUGACUCGCCCAAUCGGUCGGCUUCAAACUAUUCGUGCAAAUGUAUCCGUGCAAGAAGAAUCGACGAUCUCAAGUGGAUAUUUUGUCGCAAAAAGCGAGUCGGCCUCACGACCUGACUGGAUUCCACAGACCCUCGCCGCCCAACCAGUUUGCUCCUGCAACGGUACUCCAAAGUGGACCUUCUACGUCGUGACGACAAUUGCAAAGCAUGUCUUUGUCAUUACACUCGUUUCUACUACUUACUUUUGA